AGAUAGUGGGAGAGAUUGGGAGAGAUUUCGAGGGAGAGAGAUAUAAAUUUUUAGCAACAAGGAGAGGCCAGGAUUUGUCUCAAAUCUAUCAGAAGGUUAACCCCCCAAAACCCUUAUCCUAUCUUCUUCUACAAAGAUUUCCUACCUAUAGCUCCUCUCUUUUCUUCACUCACUCUCUCCAUAUCUACCAAACCACUAUCUCUCUCUCUCCUACCCUUCUUCAUUGCAUCAUUUUCCUCCUUUUCGAAUAUUGUCGUUUAUUUUCUUGUUCUUGUUUUCGUUCUCGAUUAAAUAUAUUUUGUCUGAGAACGAAAACACCGGAGGAAGGCCAGCAAGAGUAUGGCCCCGAGGUCCGGGAGGGGAAAAGGGAAUAGAAACAAAGCGGAGAAGAAGAAAAAGGAAGAGAAAGUUGUACCCACUCUUGUUGACAUAAUUGUUAUCACCCCGUAUGAGACACAAGUCAUACUCAAGGGAAUCUCAACGGACAAGAUACUUGAUGUGAAGAAGCUGCUAGCAGUUAACGUUGAAACCUGCCACCUUACAAACUAUUCUCUGUCUCAUGAGGUGAAAGGGCAGAAACUGAGUGAGAAGGUGGAUGUGACUUCAUUGAAGCCAUGCGUGCUGAAGAUAGUUGAAGAGAAGUACACGGAGGAACAGCAUGCCGUAGCCCACGUGCGGAGACUACUCGACAUUGUCGCGUGCACGACACGUUACGACAAGCCCAAGAACGGAAAGCCCAACAGCCCCACAGCCCAUGCAGUCGGGUCCGGAAAAGCCCGUACCCGUGACCCGGUUCCAAAUGCGGAUCCACCGCCGGAGAAUGGGGAACCAACGGCGGCGGCGGCGGCAAUUGAGAGCUUAGACAUGGCGGCGAUUCACCCGAUACCGAAACUUUCGGAUUUUUACGAUUUUUUCGCAUUCUCUCACCUCUCUCCUCCUAUAAUCAAUUUGAAGAGAGUGGAGCAGAAAGAUGAACAGAAGAAACCAGAUGGGGAUUACUUUGAAAUGCAGAUUAAGAUAUGCAACGGAAAGCUUAUACAUGUGGUUGCAUCAGUAAACGGGUUCUACACUUUAGGAAAACAGUUUUUGCAGAGCCACUCACUGGUGGAUCUCCUGCAACGGCUCAGCCAAGCUUUUGCUAAUGCAUAUGAUUGCUUGAUGAAAGCUUUCGUGGAACACAAUAAGUUUGGGAAUCUUCCCUAUGGUUUUCGUGCCAAUACAUGGCUAUUUCCUCCAUCCCUUAGCGAUUCUGCAUCAAAUUAUGUGCCUCUGCCAAUGGAAGAUGAAAAUUGGGGUGGAAAUGGAGGUGGCCAGGGAAGACAUGGUGAAUAUGAUCUUAAACCAUGGGCUACAGAUUUUGCCAUAUUGAGGAGUCUGCCUUGCAAAACCGAGGAGGAGAGGGUGGUUAGAGACCGAAAGGCUUUCUUGCUUCAUAGUCAGUUUGUCGAUUGCUCAAUAUUGAAAGCUGUCUCAGCCAUACGCCAAGCAACAAAUUCCAGUAUGAAUGCAACAGAAAGAUUAAAGUCAUCACCUGGCUCAAUCUUGCAUGAAAGUCGUAUUGGGGACAUGUCUAUUACAGUGAGACGAGAUGCUGCAGAUGCCAGCACAAAAAUAGAAAGCAACUUGUUUGGCAGGGAAUUAACUAGUACAUCUGCAAAGGAAGCGGCUCAAAUGAGUUUACUGAAAGGGGUAACUGCAGAUGAGAGUGUAGUUGUAAAUGAUUCUCUGUCAUUGGGUACUGUUGUUGUACGGCAAUGUGGAUAUACAGCUACUGUAAAGGUUGUUGGUGAUGUUAAGAAGGAUAGAUACAACUCUCAGAACAUUGACAUUGACGAUCAACUUGAUGGGGGAGCAAAUGCUCUCAAUAUAAACAGCUUAAGAACUCUUCUCCCCAAGUCAAGCACUAUUGAGCCAUCUGGAGGGAGCCACUCACCUCAUACUGAUGUAUCUGAUAUUGAAACUUCAAGAUGUCUUGUUCAAAAAGUAAUUAAGGACAGCCUAAGCAAAUUGGAGGAAGAACCAGAGCUAACUGAUAGGCUGAUCAGGUGGGAACUUGGUUCUUGUUGGAUUCAACAUUUACAAAAGAAGGAUACAACUACAGAUGAUAUGUCUAAAAGCCCCACGAAUGAUAAGGCUGAAGCAGUAGUAAGAGGACUUGGAAAGGAAUUUAAACUGCUGAAAAGGAGGGAAAAGACGGCAGGAAGUGUAGAUGAUAACGAUGAAAAUGACUAUAGAAGCAGCAAUUUGGAUGUGGAAAACAGCAUCAGAGAUGUGAGCAACAGUGAGUAUGAAAGUGAGGCAGAGUUGAAGAAAUUUGUCUCUGAAGAAGCCUUCUUGCAUUUGAAAGAAACUGGGACAGGUCUUCAUUUAAAGUCGGUGGAUGAGCUCAUCAAGAUGGCGCACACACAUUAUGAUGAAGUUGCUUUGCCGAAGCUGGUAACAGACUUUGGAUCACUCGAACUCUCUCCAGUUGAUGGACGCACACUAACUGAUUUUAUGCAUUUAAGAGGACUGAAAAUGCGCUCUUUGGGUCGUGUGGUUGAACUUGCUGAUAAGCUCCCUCAUAUACAGUCCUUGUGUGUUCAUGAAAUGGUUACUCGAGCUUUCAAGCAUGUUCUCAAAGCUGUGAUUGCUUCUGUUGAAAAUGUUGCUGAUUUGUCAGCACAAAUAGCCUCUUCCCUGAAUUUUUUGCUUGGGAAUUGCAAGACAGAAGGCAACAAUCAUAAUUCAAGUGAGGAUCAUAAAAUCAAAUUACAGUGGUUAAGGACAUUUUUGGCUACAAGAUUUGGUUACACAAAAAAAGAUGAAUUUCAGCAGUUGCGGAAAAUUUCGAUUCUCCGUGGACUUUGUCACAAGGUUGGAUUAGAGUUGGUACCAAGAGAUUAUGAUAUGGAAAGUCAAAACCCCUUUAAUAGUUCCGACAUUAUUAGCAUGGUUCCAGUUUGCAAGCAUGUUGGGUGUUCUUCUGCUGAUGGACGGACUUUAUUGGAGUCUUCAAAAAUUGCCUUGGAUAAGGGGAAGCUGGAAGAAGCAGUUAAUUGUGGAACCAAGGCAUUGGCGAAGAUGAUAGCUGUUUGUGGUCCCUAUCAUAGAACAACUGCAAGUGCGUAUAGUCUCUUAGCUGUUGUUCUUUACCACACUGGAGAUUUUAAUCAGGCAACAAUUUACCAACAAAAGGCUUUAGAUAUUAAUGAGAGAGAACUUGGCCUGGACCAUCCAGAUACAAUGAAGAGCUAUGGAGAUCUUUCAGUUUUCUAUUACCGUCUCCAACACAUAGAACUGGCUCUGAAAUAUGUCAACCGUGCUCUUUUCCUUCUCUAUUUUACAUGUGGACUGUCACACCCAAACACAGCUGCAACUUAUAUAAAUGUGGCUAUGAUGGAAGAAGGCAUGGGGAAUGUUCACGUAGCUCUCAGAUACCUGCAUGAAGCUCUUAAAUGCAACCAGAAAUUGUUAGGAGCAGAUCAUAUACAGACUGCUGCUAGCUAUCAUGCCAUCGCAAUAGCUCUUUCGUUGAUGGAAGCAUAUUCCUUAAGUGUGCAACAUGAGCAAACAACUUUACAAAUUCUUCAAGCCAAGCUGGGAGCAGAGGAUCUCCGUGCCCAGGAUGCUGCUGCAUGGCUAGAGUAUUUUGAAUCAAAAGCUUUAGAACAGCAAGAAGCUGCACGUAAUGGAACACCAAAGCCAGACGCAUCAAUUGCCAGCAAAGGGCACCUUAGUGUAUCAGAUCUCCUUGAUUUCAUAAGUCCAGAUCAAGAUUCAAAGGGAGAUGCACACAGAAAACGACGAGCAAAGGUCUGGCCAGUCGGUGAUAAAUCCCAACAACUGCAGCAUGAUGAAAGAAGCAAUGACUCCACUGUUCCUGAUGGGAUAGAAACUACAGGGGUGACUGCAGAAUCCAGUAAAGCUGAAGAUAGGCCAGGCAUUGUUAUUUCCCAAGCAGAAUCCAGUACAGUGGAAGAUAGGCCAGCCGUGAUUGUUUCCGAAGAACCCAAGGACAUGGACUUCAGGAAAAAUGAACCUAUAGUCACAGAACAAGCUGUUCAGGAAGCUAGCUCGGAUGAAGGUUGGCAAGAAGCCAAUUCAAAAGUUCGUACAGGAAAUGGUGCUAGUCGGAAAUACGGCCGGGGGCGUCCUGAUCUUGCUAAGCUCAAAAUAGGCAAGUCUGAGUACUUCAAUCCUAGAGAUAGUAGCUAUCGAAGGGAAGCCAUGUUACAGGGGAAAAAGAUGACACCAAGGACAAAUGUAACUGAACCAUCUAAGCAGAGGCAGAUAAAGAUUCUCAGCUCUAGUGCUGGAGAGGAUAUGCCUAAAAUUCCAGCAACAACUUCGGUUUCAAAAGUUCCAGCGACUCUGGUUUCAAAAGUAUCACCAGUGUCUUCCCCGCUCACUUCUAUGGCCUCAAAAUCUCUAUCAUACAAAGAAGUUGCAGUGGCACCUCCAGGUACGGUUCUUAAGCCUUUAUUGGAGAAAGUUGAAGAUUUAAACGAGGUAAAAACUGAUAUUCAGAUAUGCCUUAGUCCCUCCGAAAAAGUAACAGAGAAUGGAAGUAAGAUCCCCUUAGAAGAAGCAAUACCAGAUGAUGAAGCUGUCAAAGAUGUUCAUAUUAGUGAAGAUCCAGAAAGUGAACCCGAGUCGGAAGAAUCUGCCUCUGCCCAAGAAGAUUCAAAGCUAGCAGGUUCAGGCGAUCAGGACAGCUCUGUAGAAACGAAUGGGAGCAAGCUUUCAGCUGCCGCUGAACCAUUUAGUCCAGGAGCCUUCCCCUUGACCCACCCAUUAACUUCAGUUGCUGUUACAAGUGUUUAUGAUGUAAUAGCCAGUCAAGGCAUGCUUGCAGAACCAAUUGGAUUCCCGCCACUUGCUGCUAGGGUUCCUUGUGGACCUAGAUCACCUCUAUAUUACAGAAUGAGCCAUUCUAUGCGUAUGAAACAUGGGUUUCUGAAAUAUCAAUUACCCCCACCAGAAAGAAGUGGAAUUGGUUCUCCAGGGAUCAUGAAUCCACAUGCACCUGAAUUUAUUCCAAAGAAAGCUUGGCUAACAAAUCCAGUGAUCGAAAAUUCAGAAGUUCCAACAGAUUCAAAUUCAAUAAUCGAUGCAAAUGGUGAAUUGGUUGCAGAAGCAAAGGCAGGGGAAGGAGUGGCUAGUAAAAGUGAAGAUGUCAGAACGAAGAAACGCAGCUCGGAUGCUGAAAAAGCAGAGUUCGCAAGGCAGAUACUACUGAGCUUUAUAGUGAAAUCGGUUCAACACAAUCCUGAUCCUGUAAGUCAACCUCCAGUAACUCAAACGAAAUCUGAGUUCCCUGAAAAUUCAUCAGAAGCAGUUGCAAAUGAUAGUGCAAUUAUAAAAAUUCUGUACGGGAAUGAAGGGAAAACGAACUUAGAUUCCCAGACCGGAGGAGAUGAAGAGCUAAAAACGGUUGACAUUACAAACAAACAAGGAGAUGAAGGAUUUGUAGUUGUUACAAAACGAAGGAGAAACAGGCAACAUUUCACAAGUGGGGUAAAUGGGUUGUACAAUCGACAAUCUAUGUCUGCUUCGGUGCGUUGAAAGGACAGAACAAACUCACCAGCAAAACUGAGAGUCUCGCUGGAAGUAGCAAGAAAGUUGAUCGCCGGGAGAACUAAGAAGAGACCAGCAAAGAACUUAAAGCUUUUCAUCUCUCUGUUCAAUCCAUGACAUGAUCAUAAUCAUAAUCACUUGACCUCAUACCUUUUUACCUUGUGAAAAUGUGUUAGACAAAGAUAGUUUGGAGGAUUAUAAUCUGAAUCUAAUUUUAUUGAUAAGAAGCCGGCUUAGGACGUUCUUUAAUAAUGCUUGUAGAGAAAUUUCUCUCCACCAGAGAUUUUUUGUUUGAUCAAUAAAAUUCUAUUGGAGUCCUGCAUUUCAUUCUUA